AUGAGAAAUCAUACAGCAAUAACCACAUUCAUCCUCCUGGGAUUGACAGAUGACCCACAGCUGCAGGUUCUUCUUUUUAUAUUUCUACUUAUCACCUACAUGUUGAGUGCUGUUGGAAACCUGACCAUCAUCAUUCUCACCUUUGUGGAUGCCCACCUUAAAACUGCCAUGUAUUAUUUUCUGCAAAACUUUUCCUUCUUAGAAAUCUCAUUCACAUCUGCCUGUAUCCCGAGAUUCUUGUACAGUUUAGCAAUAGGAGAUAGAACCAUUACUAUCAACGCUUGUAUAUGUCAAGUAUUUUUUGAUAGCCUAUUUGGAAUAACAGAAUUUUUUCUUCUGGCAACUAUGUCCUAUGAUCGUUAUGUAGCCAUCUGCAAACCCCUUCAUUAUAUGACUAUCAUGAAUCCACUGGCCUGCAAAAAACUUAUCUCUGGCUGUUGGAUAAUUACAUUAUUGCUCAUGAUACCACCAUUUGGCUAUGUGCUGACAUUGGAAUUUUGUGUCUAUGAAAUAGACCACUUUCUCUGUGAUGCCAACGCUAUCCUGAAGAUCUCAUGUUUGGAUACAGAACUCAUAGAGAACAUGGUUCUUUUCUGCUCUUCAUUUAUCCUACUAGUGACUCUCACAUUUGUGAUUUGGUCCUAUGGAAGUAUCAUUCACACGAUUUUUGGGUUCCCCUCUGCUCAGCAAAAGAUAAAGGCCUUUUCUACCUGUUCCUCCCACAUGAUUGUGGUCUCCAUCACUUAUGGCAGCUGUAUCUUCAUCUAUAUCAAACCUUCUGCAAAAAAUGAAACAGUCGCUAAUAAGGGAGUAUGGCUAUUAUUUACUUCAGUAUCCCCCAUGUUAAACCCAUUUAUUUAUACUCUGAGAAACAAACAAGUAAAAAAUGCCAUGAAUGGCUUUAUAAAAAAACUACUACUCUUGAGAUAA